AUGGUCCUCGCGAUUGAAGGCUGGCGAAGGCCUUGGGCGCGCCGGUUGUGUGGCUGUGGCUGCGGCGGCGGUACUCUGGGGCCUCUUUGCAUCUUCCUUGGGAACUUUGGCGGAGACGGCCUGCGCUGGCCGGCGGUAGGGCGACAGGGCGGGUCGUUGUACGGACGUGGAGAAGCUGCGGGCGCCUUUGAGGGCCUGAAUGGCGCGCGUGCGUGA